GCCGAGGGACAGCAUGGGCCACUCGCGCUAGGGCUUGCUUAGCAAGACGGAGAAGGAAGUCGCUUUCAAGCUUCUUGCGGCGGUCUAUUCAGUCGAGCGUCCCGGAUCGGGCAGGAGGGAUCUUCUUCCGUAUGCUAGGUGGGCCUUUCCCCCGCAAAAGAUGAUAUUUUGAGCACUUCUGUGCUGAUUGAUUGGCACGCCCUACUCGGAUCACGCUUGCGUUGCAGUCGUCCUCGUAUAUAUAUAGCCAUGUAAAACGUUCUGCGCACCGGAUUGCUCCUCCUUCAUCCCUUAAUGCGUAGACAACCUCUUCUAACAUCUCCAUGAUCAACCGGACGCUCCCGUACUUUCUCGAGGACCGCACCGGCCUCUACACUGACUCGGACUACGACGACAUCUACGACCGCCUCUUCCUGCGCGUCGACCGCCCAAAGCCCACCGAGUCUGCGCUCACAGUCUACAACACAGGGCGCCGUUCCUCGAGUCGGCGCAAGUCGCGACCAAUAUCUACGCAGCGCAACCUGGGUAUCGUACUCGAAUUCGGGACUCACGGUGCGCUGGGAAAGGUCACAUUCGUGGACGCGGGGAUCCAUGUACCCAUGGGCCAGUAUCUGAAGAAAACAUCCAUGUUCGGGGGAUCGCUAUCGCGGAAGUUUCGGGCGUCCGACGGACAAGAGUACAGGUGGAUGUACAGAAACAGCAGCGAACACGAGUGGUGUUGCAUGGACUGCAAUGAGUGCAUCGUCGCGCAUUACGAUCUGAAGCCGCCAGACAAGCCUGUUUUUAGCAUGUCCGGGAACAUUCUCACGGUAUAUGAGGAGUAUGUUGGGCUCGCUGUUGAGAUCCUCGCAUCUCUCAUAAUCAUGCGCCAUAUUGAAGCACAAAAGCUCUGAGUGCGAUUUGGCUUGCGAACAGAAUUGCAACAUGUACAAUGUUAGGGUGCUUGACCUGGUUCAAAAAAGGCUGCCUCUCGGAACAGCGUGAUUGAUAAUACAAUCCCGCGGGGGGUCAAACAGUGACGGUGUACCAUAGCCUUAGGUUGUCUAACAAACUCACUGCUCCGUAAUUAUAUGACAAGGGCUAUCGUUGUAGUACAUACCCUGAUACCAUAGUUCUGCUCUUGCACAUACUUAUGCAUAUAUUCA